UGUGUUAACAUUCGUGAUAACAAGAAUUUAUCAAUAAAAAUUAGAUAACAGUGUACUACACAUGGUUAAAACUAAUCUCUAUUACUCAGUAGUUAAAUUUAAUACAGAAUAUUUUUUAUUAUUUAACAUAGUGUAUUUAUUUCUUACAAUAUGGGAUCAAACACAAGACCUAUCAAUAUUUCUAAUGGUGAUGAAAAUGUAAAAUCUAAAAAUCAAUUGAAGAAGGAAGAAAAACAAUUAGCAAAGGCUGAGAAAAAAGGUCAAAUUAAAGCACAAAAUGUUUCUGUUGAUGUAGAACAAGACAUUUCUGAUAUAUCUAAAGGAAAAUAUGGGAUUUUGGCAAUGAUACAAAGUUCUGAAAUAUCUAGCAAAACUUUUGUAGAUAUUAAAAAUUUGACAACAGCUUUAGCCAACAAUAGUGUUUGGUUACGAUGUAGACUACAUACAAGUCGUGCAAAAGGUAAACAAUGCUUUAUGGUAGUUAGACAGCAACAAUGGUCUGUUCAAAUACUGUCUGUAGUUUCUGAUACUAUAAGUAAACAGUUUGUAAAGUUUUGCUCAAAUAUAAGUAAGGAGUCUAUUAUGGAUAUCAAAGGAAAAGUUAUGAUUACACCUUCCCAAAUUGAUUCAUGUACACAAAAAGAUGUUGAAUUACAUGUUGAAGAACUAUGGGUUGUCAGUCAAGCUGCAAAUCAGUUGCCUCUUCUUAUUGAAGAUGCUUCUAGACCUGUAAAAGCAGAUGAUGACCAAGAUGGAUUAAAUAUAAAGGUUAAUCAAGAUACAAGAUUAGAUAAUAGAGUAAUUGAUUUACGUACACCUGCUAACCAAGCUAUCUUCCGUUUAGAAGCUGCUGUUUGUAAACUAUUUCGAGAUAUAUUAACAGAUAAAGGCUUUGUAGAAAUACAUACUCCAAAAUUAAUAAAUGCACCUAGUGAAGGAGGAGCAAAUGUUUUUACAGUAUCAUAUUUCAAAGGAUCUGCUUAUCUUGCCCAAUCACCACAAUUUUAUAAACAAAUGGCAAUUGCUGCUGACUUUGACAAAGUUUUUACUGUUGGUGCAGUUUUUAGAGCUGAAGACAGUAAUACACAUAGACAUUUAACUGAAUUUGUUGGCUUAGACAUGGAAAUGGCAUUUAAAUAUCAUUACCAUGAAGUGGUUGAUGUUAUUGGUUCAACAUUUACACAAAUGUUUAAAGGACUUAGAGACAAUUAUAAAAAGGAAAUUGAUGAUGUUUGUCAACAGUAUCAGGUGGAGCCAUUUAAAUUUUUAGAUCCACCUCUAAAACUUGAGUUUCCUACAGCAAUUAACAUGCUUCGUGAAGCAGGUAUUGAUGUUGGUUAUGAAGAUGAUUUAUCAACUCCUAAUGAAAAAUUACUUGGACGAUUAAUCAAAGCUAAAUAUGACACAGAUUUUUACAUAUUAGAUAAAUAUCCACUUGCUGUACGACCAUUUUAUACUAUGCCUGAUCCUGACUCUGAAAUUGCAUCAAAUUCUUAUGAUAUGUUUAUGAGAGGUGAAGAAAUUUUAUCUGGUGCUCAAAGAAUACAUGAUCCUAAUUAUUUAACAGAAAGAGUUAAGCAUCAUGGUGUUGAUGUUGGAAAAAUUGCAGCUUACAUAGAUGCUUUCCGUUAUGGCUGUCCACCACAUGCUGGAGGCGGGAUUGGUUUAGAAAGAGUUGUUAUGUUGUAUUUAGGUUUGGACAACAUAAGAAAAACUUCAAUGUUUCCAAGAGACCCAAAAAGGCUAACACCAUAAUUCACUUUUUAUUUGAAGUUAAUUUUACAAUUUUUCUUAAUCUUGUAAAAUAUUAAUUGUUGAUAUUCUUCUUAAUAUAAAACUUUAAUUAUUUAACAUUAAUUUAUUUUCAACAUAAUCUUUUCUUUGAAAAAUAUAAUACAAUAGAUGCAAACAUA